AUGGUGGUGCCCAACGCUGGUGGCUCUUUAGCUAUUCAGGAAUUCAAGAUUGCGCCUGUUGGGGCUCAGGGCUUUGCAGGAGCCAUGAGAAUGGGUUCGGAGAUCUACCAUUACUUGAAGGUAUUGGCGAAGGAGCAAUAUGAGGCUUCGGCUGGAAAUGUUGGUGAUGAGGGUGGUAUCGCUCCCGAUAUUGGUAGCGCAGACGACGCCUUGGACAUGAUUGCGACAGCCAUCAAUGCAUGUGGCUAUGAAGGUAGAGUAAAAAUUGGAAUUGAUAGUGCUCUUGCGGUUUUUUUUAAUGACGGGAAAUAUGAUUCAAAUUUCAAAAAUCCGAGCUUCGACCCGUGUAAAUGGCUUAGUGCGGCUCAAUUAGCAGAAUAUUAUCGUUCUCUGCUAAAAAAAUACCCGCUGAUCUCUUUCAAAACCCUUAUGUUGAAGACGAUUGGACUUCAUGGUCUUCUUUCUUUAAGAUUGCCAAUGUUCAGAUUAUCGCAGAUGACCUCACGUGCACCAAUAGGGCUCGGAUCGCCCGUGCUAUAA